CAUCUCCAGAGCGUCAACACCAAUUGCAACAAGAUCUUGCCAAUCUCUAUAGCUCAGCUGUUUGUCAUCGUAGUCCGGGAAAAGCACCUUGUCCGGGAAAGCAAGUUGUCUUACAAUUUAUUAAUAACUUCAUCGCUUUUUGGUAUUAAUUGCUUCAAAAUUGAUUGUUGCAUAAUAUUGCAUAAGGGUUAAAUUUUCAAGCUAGCAAUUUUCACCUCUCUGGACAACACUAUCAAGCUUGGUAGAGAGAGGACAAUUUACUUUCCGAGAUGGGUUAACUCGUUUGCUAGGACAACCGGACCUAAAAUCAUUCCCCCUUCAUUUCCUCAUCAGUGUGAUGUGUCAACUAAAACACCGCCUCGCGGAACACUUAUAUGGUGAACGUUAUUGCUAGUCCAAAUACUUUCUUUUCUUAUCGAUAUUUGCGCGACCCUUGGGAUAACUUAGAAUUCCAUCACCCGUUUUCGAACUUCCAUCUGAUCCAGAGCCAUGAGCGCCCCCAACUUGAUAUCCGAAAAGGGGGACAACCGGAAGAUCAGGCCGCAUAAAAAGUCGCGCCGUGGAUGUGGAAACUGUAAGCUAAGGAAGGUCAAGGUAAGCUGGAUAUUUUAUCCCAUUCUAAAGGAAUUUGUUUGACUGAUUGGCGGUAGUGUGAUGAGACCAGACCUAUGUGCAAACGGUGCACAGAAUUUAAAGUCCUUUGCAACUACGACCAAAAAACUUCAGCACUUCAACUACUGGACAAAUCUUUUACUUUUGAGACACUUCAACACAGACUUCCCUACUCAUUGAACCAAACGAUGCCAAGCAUUGUUAACCCAAGCCUGAGAGGCUUCCACAAGACAAAUGUGUACGAUUUGAGUGACCAAGAACAUCUGGAGAUAUUGAAUAGAUUUCAGACAAGAACGGUUUACACAAUUACGACAAGCCGGAAUCUCCAAAUAUAUCAAAAUGAGUUCAUCAAGCUAGCAUGUUUGGUAUGUACCGGUAUGUAAUUUUACCUAGCGCUUUACUGACCUGCCAUAGCAUCCAUAUCUGAUGCACGCUUUACUCACAUUUACGCUAAUGCACGACCGACACCUGCCGAUUGAGCACAGUACAAGAAUGUCUCCUUCAGAAGCUUUCCAUUGGUCUCAAAGUAUAUCACUAUUUAGCAGAAAAUUGUCACCUGCCCCAAUUGAGUCCUCAUCAGAACGCGAUGCUUUGUGGGCAACUUCUAUUCUUCUUGGUCUCAUUGCAUUCUGCCAUAUUGAGUCAAGGACCUCACAAGAAGCAUGGCCUCUGAGGUCACCUUCAUCUUUAGAUCUAAAUUGGCUUGUGAUGGGAUACGGGAAGUCGCAGAUUCUGAAACUGGUUCAAGACAAAAAAGCGAGCGCAUUCAGAACAUUGAUAGCACCUGAAACUUCACCACUAUCCACACACAUUCGCCUUGAGACAUUGCCUCCAGCCUUCAUCACAAUUUUUAAUUUACAUCCCAGUUCCAAAUCAAAUGAUAAUCCAUAUCGUCUUGCAGCGUCUCUAUUGUCAGAUGCCAUCGAUGUCGACGUUGAUAUUACCGUCAUCUUGAAGUUUUGCGCUUUUGUCGGCGAAACGCAUCCACAAUACAAAAGAUUGCUCUUCCAAAAAGAACCUCGAGCUCUCUUGUUACUGGCCUAUUGGUAUGGGAAACUUUGCCAAUUUCCACAUUGGUGGGUUUGGAGACGUGCAUCAUUGGAGUGUCAGGCAAUCUGCAUAUACUUGGAAACUUUUCACAAACAUGACUUGGAUGUUCAAACACUUUUAGUCUAUCCGAAAAUGAUGUCUGGGCUUUGAAAUUGAUGUUCUAUAUAAACUUUGGUAGUCAGUGCUGUCAUGGCGCGAUUUGUACUUUGAUGGUCAAUGGUCAUGUAUUACUAUCACUCAUAGCACCUGAUACAUUUUGACCACCACGGGAGGAUUGAUUCGGUUUUGCUGUCUUUAUCUCAUCACAAAACUAUUCCCAUCAUCUACCUCAUUCGUUGUGUUCCUGUACAUGUCAAUUUCUCUUCCGCCACAGGGCGCAUCCCAAGAAAGAGUUCUCUAGUAUUUGUCCGUCGUAAAGGCUUUUGCGAUCUCGAACAUUCUUGAGCGUUCCCUUUUGGGUCCGAAGAGCGAUUGGUAACAUCCAAAUCGCAUUUCGAUGUCGAUAGAUUAGGAGCAAAUAGAACGAAGCGAAAUUUUCGCAGUAUCUUCAUUGGCCUCUCUACAAGUUUCCAUUCGCUUCCAGCAAUUGCCUCCGACGUCCACACAAUCAAUCGCCAAUAGUCUGAAAUCUGAGCCACUAUUAUUUUCUUUGUGUUUCGGGCGCAUUCAAGAUGAGGGGUAUUUUCACCUACACUUUUGUCACUUAUUUUCGAGGCGACUUGUUCAUUGUUAUCUCUUUGUUCAUCACUGUCGUGCUAUUGUCUCUCAUUUGUUCUCCUCCCGGCUUGGUUUAUUAUAAAUAGUACUGUCUCGCCCAACAUCUCUAUCAUCAUCAACUUUACACCAUCAAAACCCAAGGAAACCCAAAACCAAGCUAACAAGCAUAUUCAACAUCGGCAUCAAGCCAAGAUCUCGUUGAAAUAUUCCUGCAAACAUGUGUCUCAGUGUAGGUAAACCUUCCAGCAGCUCCUGCACGCAGCCGAAUACGGGAGUCACUGAUGAUCAACCAGCCCCUGUUAUUCAAGACCAUAUCGAUGGUUGGGUGUGUUGUUGCUGUGGCAUGGAUAAUGGCGGUAAUUAUGUGUGGUGUGCAGGCUGUAGUCAUUACACAAUCGAUUGCAUUUCCUGCUUUUCCUAUUAGGUUACUCUCGGGCCAGCAUCAUGUAACAUGUGCCAUCGCAAUGGACUAGCGUCUGAGCUAUUGCCUUGGUGUUUACCUUUCUAUACAUCCUAACAGUCAAUUAUUCCAUACAUUUUAAAAAUAC